AUGCGCUCGGCACUCAUCAAGUUCCACGAUGAGACCAAGCCGACUUUGCCCAGCUCAGUGGCCGCAGAUCUCUCGAAGCAGGUCAAGCGGAUCGACUCGACAGAGGCCAUGGGCAUCCCGGACGAGUCGCGGGAGUGGUUUGUCUUCCACAUGAUGAAGCAGGCUGAGAAGAACAACGUCAACAUGGCGAAGGUGCUGGACAACUUCGAGAAGAAGCUUGAGUUUCUCGCGAAGAACGACCAGCAGGAAUGCCCGGUGUGCUUGGACAAGUUCACCGAGUCUGGCCCACAGGCACCAGAAACCUUGGGGUGCUGCCACAAGGUGUGCAAGGAGUGCUGGGAGAGCUGGACGGCCGUGACACGUGGAAGUCCAUUCUGCCCUCUUUGCCGACACAACGAUUUCCUAGGCCGCGUCGCGGCGCACCUGUCUGAUGGCGAGAUCCCGUGA